CUGAGAGCUCCAGCCUCCUCAGUCCAGCAGAGAUUCCAGAGGGCCUUCCGGACCAGCGUGUUGCAAGGGGCCCACUGUACAUCCUCCCCUCCCAGUCAUACCCAGGGCGGCUGCUCAGCAUGGCACAGGCUUCGGGGAUGGACCCACUUGUGGACAUGGAGGAUGAGAGGCCCAAAUGGGACAACAAACUCCAGUAUCUUCUGAGCUGCAUCGGCUUUGCUGUGGGGCUGGGUAACAUAUGGAGGUUCCCCUACCUGUGCCAGACCUACGGGGGAGGGGCCUUCCUCAUCCCCUAUUUCAUCGCCCUGGUCUUUGAGGGGAUCCCGCUUUUCUACAUUGAGCUUGCCAUAGGCCAGCGCCUACGAAGAGGCAGCAUUGGGGUGUGGAAGACCAUCUCUCCCUACCUUGGUGGUGUAGGCCUGGGCUGCUUCUCAGUGUCCUUCCUGGUCAGCCUGUAUUAUAACACCGUUCUCCUGUGGGUCCUAUGGUUCUUCCUCAACUCCUUCCAGCACCCGCUGCCUUGGAGCACAUGCCCGCUGGAUCUCAACAGAACAGGGUUUGUGCAGGAAUGCCAGGGCAGUGGCACUGUGAACUACUUCUGGUACCGGCGGACUCUGAAUAUCACAUCUGACAUCAGCAACCCAGGCACUGUCCAGUGGCAGCUGUUCCUCUGCCUGGUGGCUUGCUGGGCGACUGUGUACCUGUGUGUCAUCAGAGGCAUUGAGAGUUCAGGGAAGGCAAUCUACUUUACAGCCUUGUUCCCUUACCUGGUACUAACCAUCUUCCUCAUCAGAGGUUUGACCUUGCCUGGAGCAACAGACGGUUUGACCUACCUGUUCACUCCCAAUAUGAAGAUUCUUCAGAAUCCACGAGUGUGGCUGGAUGCAGCCACCCAGAUUUUCUUCUCCCUGUCCCUGGCCUUUGGAGGACAUAUUGCUUUUGCAAGCUACAACCCGCCCAGGAACAACUGUGAGAAGGAUGCCGUGACCAUUGCCCUGGUCAACAGCAUGACCUCCCUGUACGCGUCCAUUACCAUCUUCUCCAUCAUGGGGUUCAAGGCGUCCAAUGACUAUGGGAGGUGCCUGGACAGAAACAUCUUGAGCCUCAUCAAUGAGUUCGACUUUCCAGAGCUUAGCAUCUCAAGGGAUGAGUACCCUGCUGUCCUCAUGUACCUGAAUGCCACUCAGGCUGAGAGAGUGGCCCGACUUUCCCUGAAGACCUGCCAUCUGCAAGAUUUUCUGGAUAAGAGUGCCUCAGGCCCAGGCCUGGCCUUCAUCGUUUUCACAGAAGCCGUCCUGCACAUGCCAGGAGCUUCUGUGUGGUCCGUGCUCUUCUUUGGGAUGCUGUUCACCCUGGGUCUGUCCUCCAUGUUUGGGAACAUGGAGGGUGUCAUUACACCACUGUUUGAUAUGGGGAUCUUACCCAAAGAUAUACCCAAAGAGGCCAUGACUGGGGUGGCCUGCCUUAUCUGUUUCCUCUCAGCCAUCUGCUUCACGCUGCAGUCUGGAAGCUACUGGUUGGAGGUCUUUGACAGUUUUGCAGCUUCUCUGAAUUUGAUCAUCUUUGCCUUCAUGGAGGUGGUUGGGGUCAUUUACGUUUAUGGCAUGAAGCGGUUCUGUGAUGACAUUGAAUGGAUGACUGGGAGGCGGCCCAACCUCUACUGGCAGGUGACAUGGAAGGUGGUGAGCCCUCUGCUGCUGUUCAGCAUCUUCCUGUCCUACAUUGUCCUUCUGGCCCAGAGACCACCCAGCUACAAGGCCUGGAACCCCCAAUAUGAACAUUUCCCCUCAAGAGAGGAGAAGCUCUAUCCAGGCUGGGUGCAGGUCACCUGUGUGCUCCUGUCCUUCCUGCCCUCACUGUGGGUCCCAGGAGUCGCUCUGGCUCAGUUACUGUCCCAGUGCAGACGGAGGUGGAAGGAUACACAUCUGGAAAGUGGUCUAAGGCCACAGGAGAGCAGGAACUGAUGAGGGGGUGAAGCCAGGGUAGACCAGUGUGGAAAAGAAGGCCUGUGCCACUCAUUACACUCUGUCCAUUACUGA